GGCAAACGACAACUUGCAGGAUUGUUAACGAGGAAGAUUGUGAAGCCGAGAGUCCAUCUUGUACACCUUGACAGAGUCCAUGGCAGGGAGGCCGGUUUCUGUGAUGUGCUGAGCUGUGUUCAAAACUAUUGUUUCUUGUGGCCAUGUGCAGUGUAGUUACCAUUUCAAGCCGUUAUGCAUCCAGAUAGAAAGCUUUCUGUGGUGCAUCAGUAAAAAUUGGUAAGAGUCGACGGGGAUGUGCUGAAUUUCUUAAGUCUCCUGAAGAAGUAGAAUCAUUGUAACUCAUGGAGUCCACAGGAGUCCUCAACUCUGAAGGAAAACCUGAGGUGACAUCUGCUAUGUUAAACGUGGAAGAGGUUGGUGAUGCCUUGUGGACUGAUGUGCCUGCAGAGUCUGGUGGUGAUGUUGUGAAGCUGGACUGUGAAACCCAUGCUCAAAGUGAUUCUGAUCAGCCACGUCCCAGUACACCAACUCCAGGUCUGCUUUCACAGAACAUCGACAACAUCUACAGAUCUGAUCCAGAAAAUGAAGCGGAGGAUGAACUGGGCAGUUACACACUGGACAUGCUGGGUGCCCAGGGUGUGCCUGAAACAGUGCUUGGAGAUCAACAGCCUGUGAACUGCUACAUUGAGUAUGGAGAAAGUCUGCCUCCAGACAUAUCAAACUAUCCAGAGAACAACUGGCUGCCUGAUGCAACCCGGAGCCAGUUCCCCAAACCAUUUACCAACGAUUCAUUAGGACAACCAAACCUGGUGGCUGGUUACCGGCAAAAUGUAGAGGGAUGGAACGUUGGCAUGGUGCCAGUGAACGAAGGGAUGGUGACAAUGCUGUAUGAAGAGAAAUCAGACGAGGAUCCUGGUACAACAUCCAGAGACUUGAAGGAACCGCCACCCUUGAAGGCAGUAACAGAUUUUGCAGUGCAGACUGAUUGUGUUACUGUGGAUGCAGAGGUCAGUACGGAUCAGGAUGUUGAACGAUACAUGAAUGAAGUGACAGCAGAAAGGGAGAUCCUAAAGGACAAGUAUCAGGAAGUGUUGGAUCGGCAGGCGCAGGUGGAGAAUCAGCUCCAGAUCAAAGUCCGUUGUCUUCAGCAGCAGCAGGAAGAAGAGGAGAACAUUUACCAGGAUAAUGUUAAGCAGAUCAAGGAGAUGAAGGUCAGACUGGAGGAGUUGAAGAGGAAAUCUGAAAAGGAGAAGAAAGAAUUUACUCAAAAAGAACAAGAGCUGAAGAAUGAAGUUGAGAGGCUCUACGAGAAUGGGAAGCGGCUGAUGAAGGAACAAGAAGAGAAGGGGAAACAGGUUGCCAUCCUGAUAAGCAGUCAUUCGGAUAAAAAGGAGAAGCUGAAUGAGGAUUUGGCAAAACUGCAACUCCAGCAUAACAAGCUCAACAAGAACAUCUUGGAGGAGACGGAGCGUGCAUUAAAAGCCGAGGUUCAAUCCCUUGAGACCAAGAGAGAGAUUGCAGUUAUGGUGUUGGACCAAGCAGCUAAUGAGGCAAAGUUACAGCUUUGCAACCUAAGGUCUGCAGCAGGAAGCUCAAACCUUGCACGUGAAUGGCAGAGAAGAUUGAACGACAUCCAGGUUCAAACAGAGAAUGUAAAGAAUCAGUACAAGGGUCACAUUCAGAUGGUCAAGAAUGGUGCAAAACUCAACAGUCUACCUCCCAUACAAAUGCCAACGCUGCCUCCUCUUCCUGCGGAGCUGGAUCUUUUGUCCCACAGUAACUGGCAGCCCACUUCCACGUUGCCCCACUUCUUCCCCAGUAGCAUGCCUCCUCUGGCAGCAUUCCCUCCUGUUGCCUUUUACGCACAGCAAGUCCUGCCCACUCCAGGUUUUCCAGUGGGAUUGGGACGUACAUCAGAUGUUGAGAAUCACAGUGCUCCAGCUUUAGCCAGCUCGGCCUCAAAACUGGAAAAACUUCUCAGCAAACUGGAGUCAAAGUUUCCAAACUGCAGCAGAAAGCAGCUUAUGCAUAUCCUACAGCAGAUAAAGACUUCACGUGGCACUAUAGCUGGCCUCUCCGUGGAAGAACUAGUCCAACAAAUUGCUGAGUGUCUCAGUGACUCAAAACAGUGUCUUCCGUCGGGUCCCUCUGGAGUUUCAGUCAGCUUGCCUGGGCACUUCCCGCCAGCUGUUGUUCGGACCAGUCCGUACAUGUCCUUGCCCAAGAGCAGAAGUGGAACUCUACUUUCAUAUCAAGAGAGGCCAGCACUGGUACCUGGGAGUCCCCGCCUAUGUUUGAUGUGUCAGAAGGUUGUGCCUGUCAGUGAGGUGCAUCCAAUGGCUUGUUUGCACAUUGUCCACAAGGAGUGCAUCAAGUUCUGGGCACAGACCAAUAAAAAUAGCAGCUGUCCUUUCUGCCCCACGCCACGGUGAUGAGCCUUUCUGGACCUUCUGGUUGGAAGAGAUGCAGGAAAAUGGAACUGGAUUUUGAGGACUACACCAGA